AUGGAGGUCAUGGCGCGAAUGCCGGUAAAAACCCUAUUAAGAUUCAGGUGUGUUUGUAAAACCUGGUGUUCUCUAAUUGAUUCCUCUCCUUUAACUUUAAUGCAUAUUAAGCUUUACAACAACAAUUCUUAUUGGUUCGCCAUUGCGACCCAAAGACGGUCAAGAAGAUCAAAUUUAUUAAACAAAUCUUCCUUGUUAAAUGUCGAUGAUGACCGAAUAAUACCAUAUUCAAUUGUUGGAAAAAGUAACGACUAUAAGUACAAGAUUUGGGGUAGUUGUAAUGGAUUGAUAUUGAUCUCUGAUAAAAUAGGUUUAGGGACGUUGAGAUUGUGGAACCCUUUUAUUAAAAAGGAAUUGCUACUUCCCCCUUUUCUUUCCAAUAAUACCAAAUGCAUGUUCGAUAUGUUUUUUAUGGGAUUCAGCCCUUGUACCAAUGAUUAUAAGGUGGUUGCUUUUCGGAUGUUAGAUGAUUUUAUAAAUGCUAACGAGUUUACAAUAUGGAUUUAUUCACUUAAUGAUCGCCAUUGGAGGAUCAUAUCCAAAUCCAAUAAGAUGGAUGUGCAUGGUUGGAAGUCUUGGAAUUUAAUAAUUCUAAACGACAUUAGAAAUAAUGUAUAUUUUCAAGGGGCUACAUAUUGGAUCGGAUGUGACCAAUAUGAAGGUAUGGUUAGGGAGACUUAUCUUUUCUGGUACGACUUUGAUGUUGAAGAAUUCAGUUUUGUAAAAGUACCUGAAUCUAAAAACCAAAUUGCCCCAAUUAGGGUUGUUUUCAAGCUUGGAGAGUCAUCUUUGGCGCUUUUAGAUGUGUCUUUACAAAGAUUUUGCAUAUGGGUUUUCGAAAAGGAUCUUGGAAAGGAUCCGUGGAGGCUAUGGUUUUCAGCUGAUAUUAAUCUUGUUGUUUGCAACGAAUUUAGGAUGGCUAUAAAUUCAAGGAUUUUCUAUGUUUGCAAAAAUAAUACCAUUUUGAUAGAGAGUUGGGGAAGGAGAGGGAGAAGAUUGUAUUCGUUUAAUUUAACAAGCCAUGAAAUGCAAGAUUUGGGAGACUAUCCAUACGGGGGUUAUGUAUUUGAUACAAAUGUUGAGAGCAUGGUGUUGCACAAAGGAUCCAAUGUUCGAAGGGCAGAAUUUGACAUCCGUCGUAUAACAAGGACUCUAGUGAACAAUAAUAACUGA